GAAAUAUGCUGGCUGAUUCAGCCAAACAAAUACAUACCCGCCGGAGGCCUUGUGUAACUGCCUCCUCUCUCUACUUACCGCCUGCCAACGCGUUUCUGGCUUCUAUAAAAAAUCCAAAUGUCCCCAGCUAAUGCGAAUGGCGGGCCUUCUAGGCAGUUGAGUGGAGACAAGCCUGCUAAUGGAGAGGUGAAGCAGAGGAAACGCCCAGGCCGAGUGCCAGUCUCAUGCGCAGAAUGCAGAAGGCUUAAGCUACGAUGCGACCGUAAAGUGCCGUGCGAGACGUGUGUAAAGAGGGGAUGCUCUGCCAUCUGCCCUGAAGGGUCCCUUACUACUGGCAAGGGCAACCGCCUUGCUCUGGCUGACGCAGAUGAGCUUCAUAAGAAAGUCGAGCGACUUCGCAAUCGUGUAACGACUCUUGAGGAUGCUUUAAGAAAGCUGCAAGCGGCAGUUUCUGAUGAUCCACAUCCACUCCUCCAAGAAGGUGCCGCUGAUCCUAAGGAUGAUACCAUGCGGCAAGCUGCUGCAUGUGGACCGUCACUGUCUCCUGAAGACGAGGAAUUCCUGGAUGCAUUCGGUACUCUCACUCUUGGCCUACGUGGGGAAUCCCGGUUCUUUGGGCAAACUUCACGAUCAGAGUAUCUCAUACACGCACCUGAAUACGUUCCCCCUUGUGAUCCUUCAACUUUCGUUCACCUUACGCCGGAGUUAGUCAACGUCGCAACUGGAUCCUUAGAAAUGCUUUGUAGCGACCCUGAGAUCAAGAAGCAAGUGUUAAGCAGGCUCCCCUCCCUGUCACGCGCUUGUCGGUUAUGUGAUUUAUUCGUUGAAUAUGGCGACUAUCUGUGGUGCUCACUCCCACGCAAUCAGUUAUUCGACGAAAUAUUGGGAGUAAUAUACCGCGGCACUCCUGCCUCUGAAUGCAAUGACCUUCUAUCAACCCAUGCUGUCUCACUACUGUUCAUGGUCUUCGCCUUGGCGAGCUUGUUUGACCAGAGUCUUCCACCGUACUCAACUGAAGCCCAAGAAUAUUAUCUUCUGGCACGAGCGGCUCUGCGGUUUGCCCCACCCAUCCAAGACACGACCCUCUGGUCUAUUCAGGCUCUGGUGUACAUGGCUCUUUUCAUGGAGUACUGCGACUGUCGUCCAGACCAUUCCACAUCCCACAAAGCUUGGAUCCAUACAGGAUUUGCUGUCAAGCUUGGUCAUGGGAUUGGACUACAUGUAAACAGCGCAAGGUGGAAAUUGGAUGAGGAGGCCACUCAGAGGCGUAGCAACGUUUUUUGGCAAUUGUUCCUGACAGAUACUUGGAUUAGUUUCGGAUUCGGCAGACCGCCCUCGAUAUCGUUGUCAUAUGUGGAUUGCACUAUGCCGAAGGACACUGAAGAAUACAUCAACUCUGAGGGGCACAAAGAAUGGAGCUUCCACUCAUGGACAUGGCAGUACUCGAAAGUACUACACACGGUCAUGUCCACGGCAUUUGGAUGCAAGAUACCACCAUAUUCCACUGUAAUUGACUUGGAUCGUAAGGUCCGAGACUUCCCAAUUCCCUGGCGCAUGCGAGUGAAGUGUGGACUGCCUGAAGAGAUAAAUGUAUCCCCUGCCCUGCGCAUACAGCGAUGGCUUGUCAUGUCCUGUAAAGAAUCAACCCUGCUCAACCUUCAUCGUCCAUACUUUGCACAAGCUUUGAAUGAGCAGCCGCAGGAUCUUCUACGACAUCGAUAUGGGCCUUCAGUGAUGGCUAUAUAUCGCUCUGGUUGGAGACUGAUUGAGGGUCUAAAAGAAACGUGGAAAAAGGUGCCGGACGUCCUAUCCAGAAUGAGCCUUCCUUGGUCUCAAUCGCUCUCUGGCGCCAUUGUGAUGUGCCUACUUGUUACCCGUGCGCCGACAUCUACUUUGGCUCAGGCGUCACUGCAGGAGCUUGAUAGAGUCUGUGAGUUAUUUGAGCAAGCUGUCGAUAGUAAAAUUGCAGCAAACAACGUGGUAUGUUCAAGAUUAUCAUGGUCUUUCCGCGCCGCUCAUCCUUCUGCACAGACAAUAAUCCAGAAGCUUCGUCGACAAGCUCAUGAGGCAAUGGAGAAGGCUGAAUCCCAAGAUAAAUCCAACCCGGCUUUCAAUGAAUUGAAUCAGUUUGGCGGAAAGACGCAUGUGCUGACGGCGGAGUACGAUGUUCACUUCAACGACGUUAGGACGUCGGCAAAUGGCUCCAUCUCCGCACCUGUCUUGGAUGUCAAUGCAACCAUUGGAACGAUCUCCGCUGACGCCAUUCACCCCACGAUUGUGCAGGAUCUGCGAAGUUUCGAUGGUAUGAACCUCGACUUCCCGUCCUUGCUGGGCACCAUGGCUCUUGGUUUACCGCAAAGUUUGGACCAACAACAACCACAGCAGCAGCAACAGCAAUUACCGCCGCAGCCUCAAGAAAUGCAGCCACAGAAUGUGCAAUUCAAUCAUUCAGUUUUCGAUGGACAGUAUGUGCGAUCGUUCCCAGAUGUCUAUCUCGGGGAGGAUCUCUUUAGCGCAGCUACACCGUCGUCAUUUUCUACUGCCGGUACGUCCCCUGAUGCUGCGAACAUGGGUCCACCCCCAGUUCUGGACGCGACUUGGCAGUCCUUCGUGGAACAGCUUGGUUUUUAGGACAGCCUUGGACUUGUUUUCUUUUGCCUCUCUGCUGUAUUAUACUCCUUUGCUCCCCCAUACAUGUCACUGCUACAUUGUAUCGAAGUAUCAGAGUUCGUUCGCUGUUAUAUACGGAUGUAUUGUAAUGUUGGGUUCGUCGUUGGUAAUUUCGAAUUUGAUUGUUGGGCACGUGCGAUGCGCCGAUGACGGGACGCAUUGAAAUUGCUUUCUCGAAAAGUUGUUCAAGGCCAGCUCGCUAUCUUCUUCUCCCUGAUCCCGUCUUUUCACUCGGGUCUCUUUGUACUUUUCUUUCUUGUAAUCUAGAGCAGACCACUAGAUCUGCUCAGCUGCGAGCAAAAUUAUGGGUUACAUUUC